GCUAGCUCCACUUAGUUUUUAUUUUGCUUGCGAAUGCGAAAGUAAACACGGAAAAAAACAAAAUAUCUUUUAUAGAAGAUGUCUGUAGAUAAAGAAUCAAGUUCUUCUUCAUCAGAAUCAGAAAUAGCUCCGUGCAGUUCAAAAUUUGACCCAGUGAAAGCGUUGUACGCGGAUAAAGUUGUUUUACCGGUGCAAGAUGCACCCAUGUUUGAAACUAUAAAUCAGUACGAAAGUGCUCAGUCCAUGGACCAUAUUGUGGCAGUGGGCCAGGGUGAUAUUGUCAAGAAGAGAGAAAAAGAGAAAGAAGAAAAGCGGCUGGAGCAACAGCGAAUUGUAGAAGAGAAAAAUCGCCAGCGAUUUGCGCAAUAUAGAGAUCUAGCGCCAGUUCGGAAACAGAAGGUGGCAAGGAAUGUAUUGACCCGAAUAGAGGCUGCUACCGGCCCCCUCGCAGCGCUGAAAGAGUGUGUGGAUAGCAGGCUCAGGUUGAAGAUAAUAACACGGAACGCAACAGGAAUAAGGGGUGAGCUACACGCAACACUGGUGGCCUUCGACAAGCAGUGGAACCUAGCCUUAUGCGACGUGCUGGAGAUCUGGAAGAAGAAAGCCGUGAAGAAGCGGAAGGUGCCGCCUUGUAUGGGUACACCCGUCCCGAAAGGUACAGCGGCGAAGAUAUCUGCCGUUCCUCCAAUCCAGGAGACACCUUUGGGGGGUGGGGUGUGGGAAUGUACGAGGUAUCUCCCCCAAAUGCUGGUCAGGGGAGAACACGUGGUGCUAGUGAACAUAGUGGAGCGAUGAUUGUAACUUUUUUUUCGUAAAAUGUGUUAAUUUAUGAGGACUUUAUGAUACAUAAAGUUAGAGGUAUAUGUUUAAUUAGGUUCGUAAAGUUUUUGAUUAAGUUGAGGAUUAGAAAGUUAGUGUUAUUAGAGAAAAAAACUUAAAUGUUACAAAAAUAUUUUAAGUUUAACUUCGUGAAGAAAUUGUACAAUAUAUUAUAAUUCUUAUUAUUGAUUUUUAUUAUUUAAAUACAAUGUUUCGUUCCCGUGGAAAUUUAGGUAUAAAAAGUACUUAAAUUCUUCCCGUUAACCAAAUUGCAUCCAAAUUAGUCUAGUAGAUUUUGCGUAACAAAAACAUCUACACACAUUCUUGCAAACUUUUGGAUUUAUGAUUUUACUAAGAUUAGGAUAUUGUAUUUUUAAACGUUGCUAUUCUGAAACAUUACUAGUGCAAUGAGGGCUCUACACUACAGUAACACUAUGGGCAACCUAUGAAUAUGAAUAAAUCUAAUGACAUUGACAUUUAUGAAGCCCCCAAACCGCGCUGUCAAAUGUCAGAUGCAAGAAUGCAAAGAUAUACAAAGGGCUGUUGCUGGCUUGCUUAGGUUAGACCAGAUACCAAUGUAGGAAAUAUAUACUUACAUACAUACAUUUAAUCACGUCUAUAUCUUUUGUAGAGUAGACAGUGCCUUCACACUGAAAAUCCACAUUCAGCUGUUUGGCUCAAUGAUAGAAUUGAAAUUCAAAUAGUGACAGCCCAUCGAAUAAAAGAAGAAUCCCAAGUUUAUAAGCCUAUCCCUUAGUCGCUUUUUACGACACCCACGUGAACGAGGUGGGAGGGGUCUGUUCUUGUUAUUAAUUUAGCAAAUACUUAAAACGAAACAUAAGCAAAUUAACAGGGAUACUGAAUGGGAACAUUAUUGGAAGUACAUUGAGACCUUACUCGUCCGGUAAAAGGCGUGAUUUUAUGUACGUAGAUAUGUAUAAGUAUUCAUCUUCAUAAAUCAACAAGCUAAUGAACUCAGCUAUUUCAUGGCAACAGAAAAUCCGAAAGAAAUUUAAAUUAAGACAUUGGGAAAAACAAAUCAACUCUCCAUUAAUGAAGGUUUAUUUAUUUAUCAUAAAUGUUAUGUAAUUAAGAAUCGACAUAAGAGGAAACCUCGCACGGCCACGGCCAUCUUUGUUAUCUCAGUAUUGUUUAAAUUAAAAAAUAAAAAUUCAACACAAUGGUUUGUUUGAAUUCGGCGCGAAUUUAUUCUUUUUUUUUAAUUUAUAGCGCGCCUUGGGAAACUCGUGAA